AUGUUCGUCCGAGUGCCUCGUUGCGUCUCUACCUCGUUCUGUCGUUCUCGUACGCUUCAUGCGUCCUUCCCUCGUCGCGACCUCGUCGGCCCUCCUGACCCCGUUUCAAAUCUGCGUCCUGUUAUCUACGAUGAUACUCCUGCACAGUCCGCGCCUGCCUCACAUCCUUACUCUCUGAAGGAGUUCACUGGCGACACGCGGGAGUACCAGUGGAAGGUACAGAGGCAGGAGCUGGACGCGUACAACCACAACUUUUGGGCUGAUAGUAAUACUCGCUUCAACGCGGCACUUGAAGCUCGCCUCUCUUCACUUCCUGCUGAUAGCACAUCAUAUGACAGAGAGCUCGCCAUGUCAGACUUUUAUGGCUCUUGGCUGGCGCAGGAGCAGGACCGGCUGCGGGCGUACAAUGCUGAAUGGCGGAAGCGCAACUGGGACAACAUCGUCCUCGAAGCCCGUGUCAAGUACCAAAAGUUCAUGGCCCGCAUCGGGCUUGGCAGCAGCACGUAG